AUGUUCCUUAGUCGACUAUGGCGCCAGGGUAGCGCGGCGUGUGACAGCAAGGCCCCUGUCGCCUCCUUUACGGCUGCUGCGCUUACCAAGAAGCUGGUGACCAACCCACCGCCGCUGCCGCCGAUGAAGGGGGUCGCCUUCGGCACCGUCUUCAGCCCGCACAUGGUUCUCAUUGACUACGAGGACGGCAAGUGGGGUGCGCCGCAGAUCGUUCCUUUCGCCAACUUUUCGUUUCCGCCGCAGACGUCGUGCCUGCACUACGCUACACAGUGCUUUGAUGGAAUGAAGGUGUAUGCGGACAUUGAUGACAUCACGAAGGUCUCGAAGGGUGAGAAGCUGGGGAAGCAGAACCUGCGCCUGUUCCGCCCUGAACGGCAUGUUGCUCGCUUCAACGACAGCAUGCACGCCCUGUGCUUCCCCGGCUUUGACGAGGCAGAAAUGCUGAAGAUCAUCACAGAGUUUGUGAAGACAGAGAAGAAUUACGUGCCGAAGGAACACGGCUACUCCCUGUACUUGCGUCCGGCUGCGAUCGGUACUGCAGCUUGCCUCGGCGCCACUCCCUCAAGGUCUGUGCGUCUCUUCGUGAUUGCCUCGCCCGUGGGGCCGUACUACCCGCUUCCAGAGGGCCACUCGGAUGGGGUGAUCAUCAAGCCUGUGAGCCUGCUCGUGGAGGAGACGCGCAAGCGCGCGUGGCCUGGAGGUACGGGAGGCAGAAAAGUGGGUGCCAACUACGCUGGCCCGCUGCUGGUUCAGGACGAGGCGAAAGCUCGGGGCUACAAUCAGGUGUUGUGGCUCGGUGCCCAGGAUGAGGUGCAGGAGGCCGGCUUUAUGAACUUCUGUACAAUGUGGAAGACGAAGGAGGGCAAGACGGAGCUGGUCACCGCACCACUGGACGGGACGAUCCUGCCCGGCGUGACGCGCGACUCGAUCCUGGAGCUUGCCCGCUCGUGGGGCGAAUUCGAGGUGUCUGUGCGUCCGUACUACGUGUCUGAGCUGAUAGAGGCGCUGCAGGAGGGUCGCGUGAUUGAGUGCUUCGGAUGCGGCACGGCCCUCGUCGUGUCUCCCGUCAACAUGCUUGCCUACCGCGGCAAGGAGUACAGCGUACCGUUCCCUGCACAGAGCUACGCGAGUCGUUUCCUGCAGGCGAUUAUAGACAUCCAGUACGGCAAAACGCCUAGCCCAUGGUCCGUGAAGAUCGAGGCUUAA